CCAUCAAAACCAUUAUUCAUAUUUAGUUUCUUAUAUAGUUCUGAAUCUUCUCUCUGUGUACAUCAACUCUGACUCACAUAAAUAUGAAGUCCCUGAAGGCACUAUUCCUUCUGGCCUUACUGGUGGCAGCUUUGGCCAUUGCUGUUUCACAAGAAUCAAGCUCUCUUGAAGGGCCAAAUCAUCGGCUCCUUCGCGAGAGACAACACCAGCACCACCACCACAAGGCGAUGACUUGUGAUAAAUAUCCGAGGAUUUGCCGGGCGCCGGGGAGCAAUGGGCCGGACUGCUGCAAGAAGAAGUGUGUGAAUGUGUCAAGAGACAGAAACAACUGUGGCAAGUGUGGUAGGAAGUGCAAGUACUCGCAGAUAUGUUGCAGAGGCAAGUGUGUGAACCCUAUGGUCAGCAACAACCACUGUGGAACAUGUGGCAACAAGUGCAACAAUGGAGAUUCUUGCAACUACGGAAUAUGCAGCUACGCUUAAAUUCAUCAUAGAACUAACAAUAUAUAAUUUCAUUGUAAUUCUUUUAAAGAUGGUUUCAGUAUCAGUUGAUUUCUUGGUAAGAAUAUGAGAAAAUUUAAUUUGUGAGUGCUAGUGUUGUUGUCAUAGGUUCCAGUUGUCAAGUUAAUCAGUCAAUAUAAAUUUAUUAGCUUAUUAAUUAUGAGUAAUAAAAGAGCAAGUGCUCAUCACAUGAGCUUUGCGAGUGAAUGUAUUAUAUAUUAUUAUUUUAAUUACAUUGGCUUUACUGGAA